UCCACCACGAGAGCCGCGGCCUGCAGUCGCAGCCACCGCCAGCCCAGCGAUGACAGGAAGCGGCGGAGCACCGGCGUCAAGCUGAGGAGAUAGGUGGAGCACCGCGGCGGCGUCAGCGACGCACGUGCGCCACCGCCGCGGCUGUCGCCGUCCUUCUCCUUCCGCAUGGAGGACCUCCCCGAGGAAAUUCAACUUCUUGUAUUGUCGCUUCUGCCACUCAAAGAGGCUGCCAGGACAAGCAUUCUGUCUAGAAGCUGGAGAAAGCUCUGGACACGUUAUCCUAAUCUUUGCUUUGAUGACACCAAAGACUGGUCCACUGAUGAUGAUAGUAUCAAAAUAGAAAGCGCAAUGUUCAUUGAGACAGUAAAUUCUAUUAUUCAGCAGCACAGUGGAAUAGGGCUCAAUAAAUUCAGCAUCAAAGGCAGCCUUUGGAAGGAUCACUCAGUGGGCCAUGUAUUCAGUGGAAUUCCCAGUAUUUCGGCAGUGAAGGUGCUCAAUGUGCAUGCUAAUAUGCACAUCAAUAAACCGGUGUGGUCCUCACAGGUGCAUAUAUUGACAACAAGGGCAACAUGUAUGUUUAUGAAUUUGAGGCACCUGGCUUAUGAAAUAACUAUUUUCACUAAGGAUCCAAAUAGCUACAGCGGAAUUCUUCAGCUGGCCUGGUAUUUGGCUUUGGCACGCCAUCUGGAGACACUGGAAUUACAUAUGUAUAAUGUGAUUGAUGGCAGCUGUUGGCGUGGUGAGGCAGUUUCCUACCCUGUGUGCCACCUCGAUCACCUCAAGACGGUCUACAUGAGUGGGUUCCGUUGCUACCGGGCUCAGGUCGAGCUGCUGUGUGGCAUUUUGGAAAUGGGUGCUGCGCUCGAGCAUGUGACCAUUGAACCGAUAGUUAAAGAGUACCAUUUUGCCGUGCCUUUGUGAAUUUAGACAUACCUGAGGACAAGAUUUGUGAAUGGGCACACCAUACCUCAGAACGGUUCGGUAAAACGAUCACUGUUGUAAAACGCCCUCGGCAGCGGUGCUGGUAGUUGUAAAACUGAUUUCAGAUUGAGUAUAAGCAAAG